ACGGGCAGCAUCCAAAACAUGCAUAGCAGCAUAACAUAAUGGUAGAAGAAGUGAAGCUUUUCAACACAUGGUCAAGCCCAUUUGGUUUAAGGAUUGUCUGGGCAUUGAAGCUUAAGGGCAUCCAAUAUGAAUCAGUAGAGGAAGACCUUACCAAUAAGAGCCCUUUACUUCUUCAAUACAACCCUGUAUACAAAAAGGUUCCAGUGCUUGUGCACAAUGGACUACCUGUUGUAGAGUCAUGUAUAAUUCUUGAAUACAUUGAUGAGACAUGGAAGCAGAAUCCCUUACUGCCUGAAGAUCCUCACAAGAGAGCCGCUGCUCGCUUCUGGGCGAAAUUUGGCGAUGACAAGGUCAUAUCAUCACUAUGGGCAAUAUUAACCAAGGAAGGGAAGGAGCGAGAAGAAGCUUCUGUUCAGGCCAUUGAGAACCUAAAGUUCUUAGAGGAAGAACUAAAAGGAAAGAGAUUCUUUGGUGGGGAAAGGAUUGGAUUUCUUGAUAUUGCAAUGGGUUGGCUUGUCAACUUGGUCCCUGUAACAGAAGAAAUACUUGGUUUUGAAGUGAUAGAUAAAGAAGUAUUUCCAAAUUUAUCUGGAUGGAUGCUGGAGUUUUCAGGUGUUCCUGCAAUUAAAGAAAACUUGCCCCCUCAUGACAAGCUAGUUGCCGAGUUUCGUGCCUACCUUGCAACAGCACCUGACAACUGAAUGAUGCACUAGUAAUGCUGGGGCUCCAUAGAUUGAAUGAUCUUGUAGCUUUCUUCUAAUUGUUAUCUCUGCUCCUUUUGUUUGGGUCUUUGGCAGUGUGUCCGUAGGGGAGGGUAUAUUGAGCAACGCUAUGGUUUUAGUUUGGAUCUCUGCAAUUGACCUACUCCAUUUUCAUUAAUAAAAUUUUGGUUGCUUUAAAGAAAAAA